UUCGCUAGCGGCCUCAGGGUCAGUCCCAUUUUAACCGCCAAUUCAAGAAAGCGAAAGCGAAGUCGAAACGGGGAGAGAGAGAGAGAGAUGCAGCAAGCAUCAGCAACGGGAGGUCCGACGCCGGCAGCGGCCAAGUCGGUCCAGUCGCCGCCAGAUUCAGGGGAGUCAGUCGAGGCGCCGCCAAAGCAAGUGGCUCUGGCGAUGGACAGGCUUUCACAGGCCGGCCGUGUGAUUGCCGACAUAAGGCUCGGCGCUGAUCGCCUCCUCGAAGCCCUAUUCGUGGCCUCGAGGCAACCCCAGCAGUCCCCCAAACCCUUGCAGUCGAUCCUCAAAGAAGAGGCCUCCAUGCGAAACUGCCUUCAGGAACUCCGCACCAUUGGAAGGCAGUUGGAAGAUUCAGGGGUUCUGAACGAGUCACUUCGGUCCCGCAGUAAUUCAUGGGGCCUGCACAUGCCUUUAGUUUGUCCAGAUGGUGCAGUUGUUGCAUAUGCAUGGAAACGUCAACUUGCUGGCCAGGCUGGUGCAUCUGCUGUUGAUAGGACCAGGUUGGCUCUCAAGGCAUUUACUGAUCAAAAACGGCGAUUUUUUCCUCACCUUGAUGAUGGUGCUGGUGGAGAAUCUGUUUCAAAGAGACACAGUGGUUUCCAAGUUUCAACAGACAGUCAUGAAGAAGAGCUUAAUGAUGACAGAACACUAUCAGAUAUUCUAUUGAAUCUGGAAAAAGAAGUUAAAAAUGUGAAAGUUUUUACUUAUGAAAGGCUGGAUUGGUUAAAGAGAGCUUCUUCACUUCCCUCUUCAUCCAAUGAGUGUAUUGUAGAAUCAUCCAAAGAACAUAAUUUUCGUAGUUCAAAUAAUCUAAGGCAAGGCACCAAACGUGUUAUUACUGCAGACAAGGUUGCUGUAAUUGAGCUGUUGUUUCCUUCUGUUUUUAGAGCUGUAGUGUCAUUGCAUCCAGCCGGUUCCAUUGAUCCUGAUGCAGUUGCUUUCUUUUCACCAGAUGAGGGGGGCAGCCAUGUGCAUGCAAGGGGCUUCUCAGUGUAUCAUGUUUAUAGACACAUCACGGAACAUGCCGGUCUGGCUUUACAAUAUUUUCUUGGCCGGAGAACUGAAACAAGUCUUCAUUCGUUGUUGCACUGGAUUUGCAGUUAUCAAAAUCUAUUCUCAAAAGUGUGCAGUAAAUGUGGAAGGUUACUGUCAAUGGAUACACAAGCAGCUUUGCUAUUGCCUCCAGUUCAACGCCCCUACAGAAACUUUACUGGUAGCAAGCCUUCAUCAACUCAACAAAGUAUCUCAUUCAAAGAUCAGAGUGUAGACGAGAACCAGGCUUAUCAUGUUGACUGCUUCCCAGAGGAAACAUAGGUUCAUCAGUUGCUGCCGUAGAUGUCUAGAUAGCCUUGUAGCUGAGCAUAUAGAAAGGUCAGACUUAAUAAUUGGUUUGGUCCGACUUUAGGGUUUAUCCUUCAAAAAUGGGGUACUAUUCAAUUCCAUGAAGUUUGUAACUUGAGCUAAUUAUCUUAAAAUUGUUCAGUUGAAGGGUCUCUUUAAAAGCUUGUUGAAUAACAAAUAACUGAAAGUGGUAAAAGUGCCUGCUGGAAAAAUAAUUUCAGUGUGACAUACGAGCAUAAUGUUGUAGUUGCGGAUUAUAGCUAUGUUGAAGGAAUAUGACUAGGGAAUUUUGAAUUUGUGCUCAUGUGAGUUGUGAUAGUUGUCUGAUUGACGAGCUAGAAUCUAUGCCAGCUGAUUCCAUCUUAGUGAGAUUAAAGUUUGAUAAUAGUUGCUGUCGCUAAUGGGAGCUGUUGUCCAUCUUUUGUAAUAAGUGGAGCUCUAAGACUACAUUCGCUGAUGCGACCAGAUUGAGUCCCAUGAAAUUCUCAUGAUUGGUUGAUUAUUCUUUUGAACGUGGAAUAAUGACAAAUCUGGUGUAUCUAAAUGAGACCGUGAAUCACAGUUUUCUUCUUGAGUUUGA